UCACUACCAUGGAAGAGGCAUGUAAAGAAGGUAAUAUCUUCGUUACUACUACUGGAAAUCGAGAUAUUAUUGUAGGCAGACAUUUUGAGCAGAUGAAAAAUGAUUCUGUAGUGUGCAAUAUUGGACAUUUCGACAUUGAGGUUGACGUUGCUUGGCUCGUUAAAAACGCGGUGAAACAUGUCAAUAUUAAGCCUCAGGUUGAUCGUUAUACAUUGAAAAACGGAAGAAAUAUAAUUCUUCUUGCAGAAGGAAGAUUAGUUAACCUCGGAUGUGCCACGGGUCAUUCAAGUUUUGUGAUGAGCAAUUCAUUUUCAAAUCAAGUUUUGGCACAAAUUGCCCUUUGGACGGAUUCUGAAUCAUACCCAUUGGGUGUUCACGUGUUACCCAAAAAACUUGAUGAGGAAGUUGCCGCUGCACAUCUCGAACAAUUAGGUGUUAAACUGACAAAGCUUACUCCUGCACAAUCCGAAUAUAUCGGGGUUCCUAUUGAAGGUCCUUUCAAACCCGAAUAUUAUCGGUAA